CGUAUAUUUCCGCUCACUAAACACAGCGAGGCUGAUGCCAUGAGGUGCUAUCACGUUUUCCAAUGAACACUACGACACCUACUCAAGAUACACAGAACACGCCUCUAUAUUCCACUGGGGACUCAUCAGAAGUGCACACCGUCGCAAACGAGAGUAGUGCUAGCAGGGGAUCUCCCUCCUCUUUAGUCGGCCGCUUCGCUAUAUUGACCGCCUUCAUCGUUCCGAUGACGUUCAUACCAUACCUAUUGACGAGGGGUCAUGUAUCGUCCUUGCGUAGGCAGAUCCUGGAAUUGGAGAAAUGUAAUCGUGUGAUGCGACGAGAGCUCUCUUUGGAGAGUUCACUACAUAGCGAAGAGCAUAGACGUCUUAGGGGUCUCGUCCAGGGUAUCAAAGAGGAACUCGGAGUGCUGCAGGAUGUUUCAUUGGAGAAGGAUGCCAAGCAUGUAAAGGAGGGUGAAGAGGUUCGGAGCGGGCUCCAGAGUCUGUUGGAGGAAGUUCGGGAUUCUCGAAGCACUCAGAGUGCAACAUCAAAGGCACUGGGAACUUCACUUGCAGAUAUCGCGGCAUUCAUGCAAGAACUGGAGCUCGUCAUGGGUCUUCAGGGCACUGUUAACGGGGGCCAUGUACAUGAAGAAAGAGUGGAUAGAUUACGGCAACUUGCGUUCCGUCUGUCAGCUCAGCGUACUGAUGCCAGAUCAAGCAGGGUGGCACAUGAGUCAGAUUAAUGGUGUCUUCGUAUCACUACCUAGUCCAAGGUAGAUACAAAUGUACAAAUGUACUUGUAGCAACCAAGAUGCACACAGUGAUUUUCGGUCCCGACUGUUUCAAGCGACGGAC